AUGCGCGGGUCACUUACUAGACCAAUCCUCUUAGUCUUCGGGAUUCUCUUCGCCAUCUACCACUUUGGUUGGCGUGGAGAGACUGGGAUACGUCGAGUCCGCUAUGGUGUCUCCUCGAAUUCACGGUCUACCGGUGCCAGGACUAACCCCGGGUCUCUAGAGUCGUUAGAAGACUUGGGCCUCGCCGAAGACGAAUGCCGUGAUAUUUUCCCAGGUCUGAUGAACGAGGUGGAUAGGACUGUCGCCAACGGCCCUUUCAAGCGACAACUUGCGGCGCUACAUCAAAUCUAUCGUGCCAUUACCUCCUCUCCAACCCCUUUCGUAUAUGCUCGUCCCGGGCACAUCGCAUCCACCGCCACCACUUCCUCCUCCUCUUUCGUCACCCAACCGGCCUCUAAAGCCCAUUCCUUCCCCAUGCCCCACUUCUCCGCCUGGUCCUGGGCCCUUCCUUUCCUCAACUCCCUCCCCGCCGCCUCCUCAGUCAUCACCAACCUCGAAGCCACACUUCCCUUUUCCCGCAAGGACCCACGCGCCGUCUGGCGCGGUACUCCCUGGUUCGCUAACCCUUCCGGUGUCAACCCACGCCUCCGCCAGGACCUUGUCCGCGUAGCCGGUAAGGGGAACGCCGCGUGGGCUGACGUCCAGUCCCUAGACUGGACCACCAACUCAGCGUCCGCCUCCAAUGGCUUGCCGAUCCAGGACUUUUGUCGCUAUAAGUAUGUGAUCCAUACCGAAGGUGUUUCCUACAGCGGUCGUUUCUCCUUCCAUCGCAUGUGCCGAAGCGUCAUUCUUACCCCACCCUUGGAAUGGUUCGAACCUACCACCCACCUUCUCCGGCCCGUCUUCUCGACUGCCCUGCUCCGCGGCCGCGCAGAGUUUGAGGUUGAGAUGCGAGAGAACCCGCGAGCCCACCCUUCGAAAAGAACACGCGAGAUAUGGCCUAUCGACGUGAACCCCGAUGAUGCAAACAUCGUCUUCGUCAAACCCGAUUGGUCUGACCUCGAGGAGACCGUCGCAUGGCUGGAAGCGCACCCCUCGGUUGCAGAGGGCAUCGCUGCUCGCCAGCGGGACCAGUUCGUCGGCGGAGGAUACGUGAGCAAGGCUGCGGAGACCUGUUAUUGGCGAAGCUUGCUAAAGGGCUGGAAAGAGGUGGCCCAAGUGGACGAGGGUGAUCUCCCUGAAGGGGUCACAUUUGAGGAUUUUAUCCUGAGCCCGGAGGCUCGGUGA